GAAACGUAUUUACUUUUGUAUAUUUUAAUCACAAUGGGUACGCAAAAACCAGGAGAAUGGGCCAACUCUCUGAUUGCCCGGUUCGAAGAGCAACUUCCUUACAAAACAGGUGCACAGAAUUUGCACUCCCGAAUAAAUGAUGAACAGUUCAAAGGCUGCCUGGUACAAAUUAGUCGGCAUCGCUUUUCUCUUGUCAUAUCGGGCUUAACGAAAAUUCUUCAAAGAGUCAACGAAUUGUAUCAACCAACCUUAACGGCUUGUGUCAAUCGACCCCAGACUGAGCAAGAAAAGGGCUACCAUGACAGUCUAGUGAUAGUUCUUGAUACACUAGAGAUAUGCCUCAACUCCCAACCAAAGGACACGGCUAAACACGAGGAGGCUAUGAAUGUUAAAAUAUUGUUGAGAGAAGUUUGUCAGUUUAUAGAUUUACGAAAUGAAAGCAACAUUAAUAAUAUAGAACUCCGUCAGCUGGCCAGCAAAGUACUGUUUGCGCUUAGUUUAAAUUUUUUUAAUGCAGUAUUCAAUAGGAUUAGUGCAAGAUUGCAGGAAUUAGCCUCCUGUAAUGAAGAAAACCCCGAUUAUACAGACAUAGAGUUAAUACAGCAUAUAAAUGUGGAUAUUGUCAGGCUUAUACGGCUUUUUACAGAAUCCUUGCAGAAAUUUAGAUUGCUAAAAAAAACUUCACAUAUAGUCCUUGUAGUGUCCCUGGAAAAAGCAGUUUGGAAUUGGAUGGAUACUUAUCCUCAGGAGUUUGCGGAAGUCCAGUGCCGGCCUAACGAGGAGCUAAGCAAGUGUUGCGACACGCUGUUCGACAUGCUGCACGACAGCUUCGCCGACAACAAGAAGUCGCGCGUCGCCAUGUGGCCGCUGCAGAUCAUGCUGCUCAUACUUAACCCCAAAGUUUUAGAAGAAAUAGUCAAUGCAGACAGUGGUGCGCCGUGCAGUCCACGGCAUUCAAAGAAGAAACAAUUUAUUGAUGCUGUAAAGAGGGGACUUAGUCCCCAAAACAAUUCAAAGCAAGUGACGGAGGCGGCAGUAGUGACUUGUGUGAAACUAUGCAAAGCGUCCACCUAUCUCAAUAUAGCAGACUCCGGGAAUGUCACCUUUGUACUAGUCAAAUCUGUAAUCAAUGAUCUCAAGAUGCUGCUGUUCAACCCGGUGAAACCGUGGGCGCGGUACGGCGCAGCUCCAGGAUGUGCGGAGCUAGAGCUAGUGACGGAGUGCCUAGUGUCGCUGUUCCGCAUAAUGCCGCACUCCAACGACGCUCUCAAAGUGUGCCUCAACCUUUCGGCGCAUAUAUCCUACCAUUACGUCAUCGUGCACGCGCUUCUUAGGAUAAUAAAGCAGCCACGACUGGCGUGGUGGCCGCAGAUAGAGCUGCUUUACCCCAAGGCCGCGGAGCUGAGAGUCAUGUUCACAGACACACUCAAUAAGGCUACACAGGGGUACAUAGUGCACACGCCACUACGUAUGAUCUCGUUGACCCUCAAGUCGAAGGAGGUGCAGUCUAAACUGAACAAGUCGGAGGAGCAGCCUGCAUACCGCAACCUGCUGCUGCUGCUCGUCAAACUGAUACACGCUGAUCCCAUGCUGAUGUUGAGUAACCCCGGCCGCUCUGCGAUUGAGAUCCAGUCGUCCACAACGGAGCUGAUCAACGGUCUGGUCUCGCUGGUCCACCACACUGGAAUGGGCGAGAUCUCUCAAGAAGCGAUGGCGGCGCUACUGGCUUUACACCGGCCCGACAGAGUUCACAUGUGGAACCCUGAGGCGCCUCUUAACACGUUUUGGGAUAUAAGUUCGCAGGUGCUAUACAACAUCAGUCAGAAGUUAAUCCAGCGUCAGGUGGCGAACUACCGCGAGGUUCUGCGGUGGCUGCGCGACGUGCUCACCUGCCGCAACCAGUUUCUCGCCGCACAGAAGGAGUACGCCAACGUCGGAGCGCAUAUACCGAUAUGCAAGCAGGCGCAUAUUAAGUUGGAGGUGGUGUUCUUCAUGUGCCUGUGGUCUAUCGACACGGAGGCGGUGCUGGUGGCGAUGUCGUGCUUCGCACUGCUGUGCCAGGAGGCGGACAUCCGCAGCGGCACGGACGAGUGCGCCACCUCACUGCUGCCCAACUACGCCGUGUUCCAGGAGAUAGCACACACAUCUGUCGUGCUUACUACUGCAGCCAGCCAGGAUAUUGGAAGGGGUUGCUAUUACAAAAAUAUACACAGUUCCGCGGCGUUACAAAAACGGAUAAUGGCUUUACUGAGAAAAAUAGAGUACUGUGUUAACGGCGUCCAACCAGUAUGGGAAGAAACAUUUCGAUGUUGGGAUUCAGCGUGCAAAGUUCUACAGAAAUGGCCUAAAAGUUCCACCGUCGAUGAGGAACCUAUAUCCCGAACCCACAAGCGCAGAGUGCCACAUCAUACCAGCACGGAACACGAUGUUGAGAUGCAAAUACAAGAGUGGGCGAACAUAACGUCUUUUCUAUGUGCUUUGGGCGGAGUCUGUCUGCAGAAGAAGCCGGCUCCUGCUUGGCAAGACGCAAGAAAAUACAAUGUCCUGGCAAACAGUUCACAGGACGUCCAAUAUUGUCCCGUUACUCAGUUCAUAGGCCAACUGCUGCGGCUGUUACUAUGCACGAACGAGCGUUUCGGAGUCCAGAUACAGACGCACGUGAAGCAGCUAGUCGGUAAUGAGAUGUCGCCCGCGCUCUACCCCAUACUGUUCGACCAGAUCAAAGCGAUCGUUGACAAGUUCUUCGACCAACAACAGCAGGUAAUGCUCACGGAUAUGAACACUCAGUUUGUGGAACACACGAUAUUCAUCAUGAAGAGCAUAUUGGAGAACAAGAAGAAUGGUCAGCCCUGCGAGCCGCUCAGCACUACCUCUAUAGAGGGACUCAUGCUCGCAAUCGUUAGAUACGUCCGCCACCUGGAUAUGACGGUGCUGUCGGUGCACAUCAAGACCAAGUUGUGUCAGGUCGUCGAUGCCAUGAUGCGCCGCCGCGACGACCUCGCCUUCAGACAGGAGAUGAAGUUCCGCAACAAGAUGGUGGAGUACGUGACGGACUGGGUGCUCGGCACCAGCCACCAGAUCGCGCCGCCUCUCCGCGCUGACGCCUCCACCAUUACCAGAGAGUUGGAUCAGGCGUGUAUGGAGGCGGUCGCGGCGCUACUGAAAGGGCUGCCGCUGCAACCAGAGGAAUCUGAUCGUGGAGAUCUCAUGGAGGCCAAGAGCCAGUUGUUUCUGAAGUAUUUCACGUUGUUCAUGAAUCUGCUGAACGACUGUAACGAGGUGGAGCUGUCAGAGGGGCCGGGACGACUGGAGACGCUACGUAACGCGACCAUACAGGCCAUGUCCAACUUGCUCUCGGCGAAUAUCGACUCUGGACUCAUGCAUAGUAUUGACUUGGGAUACCACAGAGAUCUCCAAACUCGCGCCGCGUUCAUGGAGGUGCUGACGAAGAUCCUACAACAGGGCACGGAGUUUGACACACUAGCUGAGACCGUGCUCGCUGAUAGAUUCGAGCAGCUAGUGCAGCUGGUCACAAUGAUAUCAGAUAAAGGUGAGCUUCCGAUCGCGAUGGCGCUAGCGAACGUGGUGAGCACGGGUCAGAUGGACGAGCUGGCGCGCGUCUUCGUCACGCUGUUCGACGCCAAACACUUACUCGCGCCGCUGUUGUGGAACAUAUUCUUUCGGGAAGUCGAAGUGUCGGACUGCAUGCAGACCCUGUUCCGCGGCAACUCGCUGGGCAGCAAGAUAAUGGCGUACUGCUUCAAGAUAUACGGCUUCAACUACCUGCAGUCGCUGCUCGAGCCGCUCAUAUCCUCGCUGCUGGAUCAGGCGCAGGAGCAGCCGGAGUUGAGCUUCGAAGUAGACCCUGCUAGAUUGGAUCCAAGUCAAGAUAUAGAGGUGAACCGAUCAAAUCUUAUAGACCUCACUAAGGAGGUGUUUGAUAGAAUCAUCGGCUCCGCAAAAAAGUUCCCACCGCAACUGCGGAGCAUGUGUCAUUGUCUCUAUCAGGUUCUAAGUAAGAGGUUCUCCCAGUUUCCUCAAACGAGCGUCGGCGCGGUUGGCACUGUGCUAUUCCUGAGGUUUAUCAAUCCAGCUAUAGUGUCGCCGCAAGAGAUGGGCAUCGUGAACCGGCUUGUACCGCCGGCCGUGAAGCGCGGUUUGAUGCUCAUGUCCAAGAUCCUGCAGAAUAUCGCCAAUCACGUCGAGUUCUCAAAGGAGCAGCACAUGUUGCCCUUCAACAGCUUCCUUAAAGCCCACUUCGAGGCUGGACACAAGUUCUUCAUAGAGAUAGCGUCGGACUGCGAGAGCGCGGAGCAGGCGUCGCACAACUUGUCGUUCAUCAGUGAUGCUAAUGUGAUCGCGCUGCACCGCCUGCUGUGGAGCCACCAGGAGCGCAUCGGUGACUACCUCUCCUGCAGCCGCGACCACAAGGCCGUUGGCCGUCGACCCUUCGACAAGAUGGCGACGUUAUUGGCCUAUUUGGGACCACCAGAGCACAAACCAGUAGAAUCAUCGUCGAGUAUACUAUUUUCGUCGUACGCUCGCUGGUCGUCUAUCGACAUGUCGUCGACAAACUUUGAGGAGUUCAUAGUAAAGCACAACAUGCACCAGAAGGAGGAGUUCAGAGUCAUCAAGAAUCUGAACAUAUUCUACCAGGCUGGCACCAGUAAGAUCGGUAAUCCAGUGUUCUACUUCAUCUCGAGGAGAUACAAAAUUGGCGAAGUAAACGCGGACCUUCUGAUCUACCACGUGAUAUUGACUUUGAAGCCGUUCUGUCAGCAGCCUUUUGAACUGAUCGUAGACUUCACACACACCAACUCUGAUAACAGAUUUAGGACGGAUUUCCUUCAGAAGUGGUUCAGCGUGCUGCCCGAAUGCGCGUACAGCAACGUGCUAUGCUGCUACAUAUACAACUGCAACAGCUGGGUGCGCGAGUACACCAAGUUCCACGAGACCAUACUAGCGCCACUUAGGGGCAAUCGCAAACUGGUAUUCAUCGACAACCACAGCAAACUGAGCGACUACGUGGAGCCCGAGCAGCAGAAGCUGCCCGGCGCCACGCUCGGCCUGGAGGAGGACCUCAAGGUGUUCAACAACGCGCUCAAACUAUCGCACAAGGACACUAAAGUUGCUAUAAAGGUUGGACCGACUGCUUUACAAAUAACGUCAAUCGAGAAGACCAAAGUACUAGGAUUGCCAGUUCUUUUGAAUGAUGUGUACUACGCUUCAGAAAUUGAUGAGGUGUGCCUGGUGGACGACAACCAGUUCUCGCUGCUCAUCAUCAACGAGGCGACGCCGCUGAGCUUCAUACACAACGACUGCGACAACAUCGUGCAGUCCAUCAUACACAUCCGCAACCGAUGGGAGCUCAGUCAACCGGAUUCAGUUACGGUACAUCAGAAGAUCCGGCCUAAAGAUGUGCCGGGGACGCUACUCAACAUGGCGCUGCUGAACCUCGGCUCGUGCGACCCGCAGUUGAGAACCGCUGCCUACAACCAGCUGUGCGCUUUGACAGCUACAUUCCAUCUCAAGAUCGAGGGGCAACUUCUAGAAACGUCAGGUUUAUGUAUACCAUCAAACAACACAAUAUUCAUAAAAUCAGUGAGCGAAAAGCUGGCGCACAACGAACCCCAUUUGACACUUGAGUUUCUAGAGGAGUGUAUACAGGGCUUUAGAGGAUCUACUAUCGAGUUGAAGCAUUUGUGUCUCGAGUACAUGACUCCAUGGUUGGCCAAUUUAGUCAGAUUCUGUAAACCUUCGGAGGAAUCGCGACGUCAGAAGCAAGUGGCUCAAAUAUUAGAGAAGCUGAUAACACUGACCAUAGAGGAGACGGAGAUGUACCCUUCCGUGCAGGCCAAGAUCUGGGGCUCAAUAGGCCAGGUGCCAGAACUCAUCGACAUGGUCCUCGACAGCUUCAUACAGAGAAGCGUCAGCUCAGGUCUGGGCUCGCCUAUGAUUGAAAUAAUGGCGGAUACGGCUGUGGCUCUUGCUUCAGCGAAUGUGCAACUGGUCUCCAAGAAGAUUAUAGGUCGCAUUUGUCGGGCCCUUACCAAACUUCCCAACAAUGUGUUGGGUCCUGUUACUGCAGCUUCUGUGGUAGAUAAGACGUGUCAUUCGCCCACGGCCAUGUUGGAGCAGCACAUGAUGUGGGACGACAUUGCCAUACUCGCGAGAUACUUGCUGAUGCUGUCGUUCAACAACUGCCUGGACGUGGCGCGGCACCUGCCCUACCUGUUCCACGUGGUGACGUUCCUGGUUUGCUCGGGCACGCUAAGCAUGCGCGCCGCCACGCACGGCCUCGUCAUCAACAUCAUACACUCGCUCGCCACCUGCAACUCGCCGACAUUCUCCGAGGAAACUCAGCGUGUGUUGAUGCUGUCGCUGGACGAAUUUGCGCUGCCGAAGUUCUACCAGAUGUUCGGCAUAUCUAAAGUGAAGUCCGCCGCCGUCACCGCCUUCAGGAGCCCCUACAACAGGCAUGCUGGAGACUGGUACUGCGAGCCGUCGUACGGGUCGGAGGGGGGCGCGGGCGCGGACCGCGAGCGACUGCCGCUGCAGUCGCUGGAGACGAUUACGGACGUGCUGCUCGAGAUCAUGGAGGCCUGCAUGCGGAAUAUACCCGGCUGCGACUGGCUGUCCACGUGGACAACGCUCGUGAAAAGUUUUGCGUUCUGCUUUAACCCGGCGCUCCAGCCCCGAGCUUUGAUCGUCUUCGGCUGCAUAAGUAAAAAUGUGACGGACGAUGACAUGAAACAACUGCUGAGGAUACUGGUGAAGGCUCUAGAAUCGUUCAACGACCUGGCGCUACUCGAGGCGAUAAUCAUGUGCCUCACGAGACUACAACCACUGUUGUAUCCGGAGUCGCCGAUCCACGCGGCGCUGUUCUGGGUGGCGCUGUCGGUGCUGCAGCUGGACGAGCCCAUGUUGUACGCCGCCGGCCUCGCGCUCAUGGAGCAGAACUUGCACACGCUCGACUCCCAAGCCGCCUUCGAGCACAAGAGCUUGGAACAAGUGAUGAUGGAGACUAGAGAACCGCUCGAGUGGCAUUUCAAGCAGUUGGAUCACGUCGUAGGAUUAAGUUUCCGCUCGAACUUCCACUUCGCGCUGGUGGGUCACCUGCUGAAGGGGUUCCGCCACGCGGCGGCCGGUACCGUCGCACGCACGUGCCGCGUGCUCGCCGCGCUGCUCGCGCUCGCUGCCAGGGACACAGACGACAAGUUCCGCGCUACGCCGCAGACUAUCGCGUACCUUACUGCUCUCGUGUGUGUGAGCGAGGAAGUCCGAUCGAGAUGCCAUGUUAAACACACCCUCCCCAGGUGGCUGCCGGAAAACUACGAAUACUUUUGUACCUCCGUCGACAAUAACCAGACGCGUCGGCAGAAAUCAUGGGACAUCUUGGAACAUUCGUCCGUAUCGUCUAUGCACGGAGGUAAAUCCCCGACGCCGCAGCAGUCGAGCAGCGGCGGGCACAGUCCGCACCUGGCGCACGCGCCGCAUCAGACCGCUAGAAUGCGUUUUAAAACACAAAGGUCUUUCUCUGUGCCUAUAUCUAAGGACACGAUAGCGCCGCCCAGGGACGUUGAGGGUCGCGCGCACAGUGUGCAGCACGGCGGCACCGGCGAUGCAGCCAGAGAGAUGACAGAUGGCGACAGCGGGUACGAGGUCCAGGACACGGACGGUCGCGCGUCGCCGGGAAGCCUGGACGAGACGGACCGCCCAUCCUCCACCAAGUCCAACGACAGCGACUACCCAGACUCCUCCGCCAAGCAACCGUCGACGGGGGCGGAGUCAGGCGCAGCAGAGGGGGGCGCGGCGGCAGAAGGGAACUCGCUGCUGGACCCGGCCGUGCUCACCGACCCCACCACGCAGGCGCUCGUGCUCACUGUCCUCGCCACUCUCGUCAAGUACACCACAGAUGAGAAUGAAAUACGGAUUUUGUAUCAGUACUUAGCUGAGGGAUCGGUUGUGUUCCCGAAGGUGUUUCCUGUGAUUCACAGCCUGCUGGACAUGAAGAUCAACCACGUGUUGAUGCACUGCCACGACCAGGUCAUACUCAGCGCCGUGCAGAGCAUCAUCAAGAACAUGAUAGCAUCGGAGGACGCGAGUCAGCAACAGUUGCACUACAUGCAGAGCUGCGGCUUCGGCGGGCUGUGGCGGUUCGCGGGGCCAUUCACUAAGAACCCGUGCACCCCAGAGAGCUGCGAGCUAUUCGUCAACUGUCUAGAGGCGAUGGUGGAGACGUGUCUGUCGGGCGAGGACACGCGCGCGCCCGCCGCCGACGCCGAUCGCACCGACAGACCUGACAGGCCCGACAGGCCCGACCGACCUGACACGCUGCUCGACCGCCCCGAGCGACCCGAUCGACUCGACCGCGCGGAGACUUUCCCUAUUUCAGUAAUGCCCCGUCAGGGGACGCUUUUCGGCUCGGAUCCGGAGACAUAGACCAGAAGCAUCGUCACCAUUCUUGACACUAUAGCUCGAGUGGUGGUCAAGAUCUUUGUCACUUAUCGAGAAGUUAGAUAAAUCCAUGAAAAAGUUUAUAUGAAGAAUGCGUAGACUUAUAGUUGGAUAUAUUAUUAUUAUUAUUAUUGAAUAACGUAUUUUUAGGUUCCUUUGCACAAGUGACCAAAUUUUAUUAUUAUCGUAAGUUCGACAGUAAGUUAAGUAUUUUUUGCUUAAAACUUACCUCAAAUGAAAUGUUGAGCAUCAUGCGAUAUAAUAUUAUGUUAGUGA